ACACCGAAGUCCGGUGUCUUUCGCAGAGGAGAAGAAGAAAAUGGCUUCAUUGCUGAAGAAUGCGUUGAAGGCGAUACGAGAGAAAGGCAUCAGUAAUGUUCUGAGAGAGCUCAAAGAAGAGGGAUACACGAAAUGCCUUUCGGAUGGAAACCUUUUGCAAACCAAAAUCCACAACAUAGGUGCGACACUUGUUGGUGUUGAUAAGUUUGGGAAUAAGUACUACGAGAAUUUGGAAGCUCAAUUUGGAAGACACAGGUGGGUGGAGUAUGGAGACAAGGGUCGCUACAAUGCAUCUCAAGUACCACCAGAGUGGCAUGGCUGGCUUCACUUCAUCACUGACCACACAGGAGAUGAACUCCUUAUGCUGAAACCCAAGAGGUAUAGUAUUGAGCACAAGCAGAACUACUCUGGAGAAGGUGACGAGUACAUCUAUCAUUCCAAGGGCCAUACCCUCAACCCUGGGCAGAGGGACUGGACCAGGUACCAGCCAUGGCAACCCACCAAAACCGAAUAAAAACACCAUUUUUACAUUUCUCGACAUCUUGGAACUUAUUUCAGGGCAUUUUCAUGACGUUUUUCCCAUGCUUCUUCCUUGUUCAUGCACUGACUGCUAAGUUUGUUUACUUCGAGUUCCAAUGAAUUGCUUUUAGAUGCGAUCAAAUAAAUGUGCUUGUGCUUGUUGAAAACUA